AGCCGCGGGCCUGCGGCCAGUUACCGAGUCGUCUACGUGGAGGGGGUGCUGGGGGCAGAGCCCCAGCGCUCUCUGGCCCGCCCCCCCGCCCAGAUUUUCGGAACUGUUUUUGGCUUGAGGGCCGGCGGAGAGCCAUGUGGCUUCUUCUCAGUGGAACAUCUCCACCCUGGCCCAGUUCUCUGGCCUGCAUAAUGGAAUUAAGGAUAAAACCCACCGCGCAGGGUUGUCCUAGGUUCUUAAGGACGGGUCAAGCCUCAGAACAGUGUCUGGAGCAGAGGCCUCGUUGUGUAAAUGCCAGAUAUUGUUAUGCAGCAGCUCCAGGUCUUGGCCGACCCACUUUCCUGACUCCUACCCACUCCUCCCCACCCCCUCCCCGACGCACACCCACGGUCAGAGCCUGGGCUGGCCCUGGGCUCCUUCACGUCUACUCAUGGCGCCUGCCCUGGUUGGCGAUGUGUUACCAACGUCUGGCCUGUCCCAGCCCAAGGCUCCGCGUGGCGACCAGGCCCAGCACUGGGAGGCUGUGCAGAGCGUGGCGUUUACUGCUUAUUGCUACUCUGCAGAGGUUGGCAACAUCUGACCCGCUCUACAGGCAGGAAACAGGCUCGGGGGCAUUGGGAAAACGAUCAAGGCCACUUGGCUGGACACUGGCGGAGCCUCGCACUCAAACCUGUCGGGCCUCAACUCCGUGCCAGGCCAACAAGUUGCCCUGGGCAGUUCAAGCUGGGGAUAAGGGGGAUGGGGAGCAGGAAGACAGCAGCAAGGAUGCGAUCCCGAAGGAACUUUCCUCCUCAGACUGCUCCAUGUCCAUGUGGGGUAGGUCGCUGAAGAGUUCGAAACCGUGCUCAGCACCGCGUUUGGGGCAUGUGAGACCGAGAGGCUUUGGGAAACUGACGCCGCUGUGAGAACGAGUUUAGCGGAGUCUAUGGACGCUGCGAGCUUGUGGCCACAAGAGGGCGCCCCGGAGCACGGCCCAGUCCCCGCCCCCGCGGGAUGGGGCCCGGCCUCUUCCCAGCGUUCCUCCUCCGGCCCCAGGUCACCGCCAGCACGCGCCUGCUUCCCGUCUGCGGGAGUCCACGCAGCUCCCCAGGCCCUUCACCAGCACAGCUGCAGCAGGCAUGGCAGCAAGCGUGGAGCAGCGCGAGGGCACCAUCCAGGUGCAGGGCCAGGCCCUCUUCUUCCGAGAGGCCCUGCCCGAGAGUGGGCAGGCUCGCUUCUCUGUACUGCUGCUGCAUGGUAUUCGCUUCUCCUCCGAGACCUGGCAGAACCUGGGUACACUGCACAGGCUGGCCCAGGCUGGCUACCGGGCUGUGGCCAUUGACCUGCCAGGUCUGGGGCGCUCCAAGGAAGCAGCAGCCCCUGCCCCUAUUGGGGAGCUGGCCCCUGGCAGCUUCCUGGCGGCUGUGGUGGAUGCCUUGGAGCUGGGCCCCCCUGUUGUGAUCAGUCCAUCACUGAGUGGCAUGUACUCCCUGCCCUUCCUCACGGCCCCUGGCUCCCAGCUCCCGGGCUAUGUGCCAGUGGCCCCCAUCUGCACUGACAAAAUCAAUGCUGCCAACUAUGCCAGUGUGAAGACUCCAGCUCUGAUUGUAUAUGGAGACCAGGACCCCAUGGGUCAGACCAGCUUUGAGCACCUGAAGCAGCUGCCCAACCACCGGGUGCUGAUCAUGAAGGGGGCGGGGCACCCCUGUUACCUGGACAAACCAGAGGAGUGGCAUACAGGGCUGCUGGACUUCCUGCAGGGGCUCCAGUGAAGCCCAGCACUGCUGCAGGGGGUGGGCUGCCUGCCUGCUCUGAGCUCUCUCUUGCACGCUCUCUCUUCUCUCACGGGCUCUGGCUCAUGCACAUGCAACAGGUGCGUCUGUCUAUAUGUCUGGGUUCUUGUCUUUUGUGGUCUGUUUGUCUUUUCUGCCUCUUUCUCUUGCAGUGAUAGACUGAGGGGGUAAAAUCAAGAGAAAAAACUCUCAGGAAUCAAGGAACAUAAUCUGGUGGAGGGUAAUCCAUUACAUGAGCUUCUCCUGUUCUUCCACUUUCCUGCCUGGCUUUCACUCCUUCCCCUGCUCUGCCCAGCCUUUCCCUCCCACCCACUCCUCCUUCUGCAAAUGCCCUGAAGGCCAGCCCUUCCCCCAACACCCACUUCCCCACCUCCUUAGGCCCCAGAUACAUACAUGCCCACAUGCACGCUUACAUGUUUAGAGCCAUCCUUGUUUCCAAAUAUGACCCUUCGCUUGAGGGCAACUGCAUAGGUACAUGUAACUCUGGACUGGCAUGCACAUUGUCAUGUGCAGCUUUGCAUAUACACACAUGCAUACAUGAGCCUCCACACAAGCACUUGCACACAUGUGGACUCCUAACCAUGCUAACCUCACUGGCUGGGAAGGUGGGGACCCCAUGGGCCAGCCCUUGCAGGAGGCCCUUUUGCAAGGCUUAGGGUGUGGCCAGCCCUGAAAGCUACUUGGACACAGGUUUCAGCUGGCCCCAGCCCAGAAGUGACCCCCAGAAAGGGAGGGCCACCGCUUUGCCCCCAUGCUUUUACCCUUCCUUCUGGGUGCUCUACACCUCCCCAGGUUACCAGGCCUGAGGCAUCUCAGCCAAGCUUGUUUCCUGCUCUGAGGCUUGGGGGGUGGGAGCCAGAGUGGAGGUCGGUGAAAUAAAGUGAUGCAAUUAGA